AUGUUUGGGAAGUUCCCGCAGAACAAUCAUGAGAAGGCAUUAAUCACUUAUCUCCUUUCUAUGAUUCAAGACAUUGUAAACGCUUGCUACUGGCCUGGUCCUUGCUGCUCAACAAACGUCGUCGUCCCAGAUACCAUGUGUGACACAGCAUUUCAAAUUGACCACGGCUUCCCGAAUGCUGCAGCCGGUGGGUGUUCGCUUCCGUCAGGGCCAUACGAAUACCCUCAGGCAGAUAUCGAAAUGGAUUCACUGAUGCACACGCUACAGGAAAAUCCGAAUUUCUACGAUUCUGCAACUUUUCUUCCUCCAUCAUUACCUAUGACAACCCUCCAAGGUGGCGGCUAUGAUGACAACUAUGGAGUGAACGAACAACCAAGAAUGUUUACCACCGAAUAUGCCUACAAUCAGAAGUAUCCGCCAACCACCCAAACGCCAGUUGGAAGCCCCGAUCCUGGUCCUCAGGGUCAAGUUCCAGCUCAAUUUGAAGAAUUCUCAUUAGCCACACAACUGCCACGACUGAACGAUUAUAAUGGCGCUUACAUUGUUCCUGACACCACACCGGCGAUAGUGGAUUCAACAAAAUUCCAGUCGUUCGAGCCAUACUCGGCGCAAUAUUUCUUCACGACUCCUCCCGAUACUCCACCGAACAUGUAUCCACCCCUUCAACAGUUGCCGGCACAGCCUACGACGUGUGUGCGUCAACCCGCUUCAUCGGACUCUGAUCCGACCCCCACCAUUCGCAAACUGCUCCAGCAAAAGAAGAAGCGCAUUGCGUGUGCACUACUUGUCACACCAGGACCACGUCGCUGUGGCGCCGAAACCACCUGGGAGAAAUUGAGUGCAAGGGAAUGGGUCGACACAUACCAUCGCUAUCAGCGUGGCUACACUAGGUCAACGCGAGCGUUUCGACGUGUCAGGACCCUUCGACUUUAG